AUGGAUUGUGCCGCGGAGAACAGUGAGUUGGCCAGCUGGACCUUCCUUCGCUACAGCGUACUCGGCCUGAUCAUGCUCUGGCGCGUGUGCAGGCUGAUGCGCGAGCCGCCUCCCAUCUGGAAGGGCGACAACCCGAAUUUGACACGGAGAAUGCAGGACGUGAGCACGGGGCCGCCGCAGAGGUUCGUGCUGGCGGGCUGCCUGUUCGUCCUGACGGAGGGCGUCGGGCUCGCUGUAUAUUUCGCCGUAUCCGCCGCGAUGGACAACGCUGCGAUUUUCUUCGGCAGCGCUGAACCUGCGUUGUGCAAGACGGUCAAGGCCGUAUCGUUGUACUCGAUGGCUCUCGUCACGUUCUUGCCGAAUGUGUUUCUUGGCGUGUUGGGGCAGAGGAGGUUCUACAACGGGAAGGAUAUGGGUUCCAAAGUCUUGUUCGUCGUGGCAAUGGUUUUUAUCACUGUCGCAUCCUUCCGAAUACGCAUCUGGCUCGUGUACCGGGAGGGCUAUGCCAAUUAUGUAAGCAGUUCGCUCGAGGUUUUUGGUCCGUCCUGGAGGGUCGUGCUGGCCGUGGUCGUUCCUCCGCUGGUCGACGGCAUUCAGAGCCUCGCGCUCAUCGCCACUGGCAUGCAGACGGAGCAGAACAAAGUAUCUCAGCACCGUUGCACAGCGAGCAGCUGCUCCCCGGGCGCGAGGACUUCUCGGCGCUGCACGAGGCGCCCGCUCCCUCGACGGAUCCUGCCCCCGCGCCAGCGCCCGACCCCGCGCCAGGUCCUGGCCCGGGCGAGGGCGUGGUCCUCUUCUCCGUUGCUUUUUCUUCCUCUUUCAUGGCGGAUGUCAACGGAGGGGGGUCCAUCCAAGUGGUGGGCAACGUUGAGGCGUUGGGGGGGUGGACUCCUGGAAAAGGGCUGGCGAUGCACCUGA